AUGGCUAAAUCCAAAAGAUGGGCUACUUAUCAGGGGAAGGGGAUGAGGAAGAUUUUUGACAACCAGAAGAAUGGGGAAAAGGAAGAACCACCUAGGAUUCUGUGCUCGGCUCUUCAUAUAGAUCCCAAUUCCCUUGUAAACAAGGCACCGGCCCAUGAACUCCUCAUUCUUCUCUCGUUCACAAUUCAAAGCAUUGUGUACGUGUUGCAGUCCUUCAUCCACCUGCACUAUCUCAGGUGGCACAUAAUUCUGAGGACAGAUCCCACGAAGCAAUACUUGAGCAAAACUCUUGAGAAGACUCAAUCUGACAUGCCGGAGGGUGGUGACGGGUUGCAAGCGUUUGAUCGAUUCGCGACAAAGAGAUCCUUGAAUAUCCCCAGCUUGGUUAUGGUGAAGUGCGUACCCCCAAGGGAUAUUGUGUUGUCUUUAGUUAGGCCAGGCCAGGUUAGGGCAUCCAUCAUGCCUCAGAACGAGCACAUUGAACUUCACCGCAAGCGGUAUGGGUACCGCUUGAACUACCACACAAGAAAGCGGAAGAAGGAGGCACGAGAACCCAAGCGUCAGGCCAGGUUAGCCAAGGAGUUGAGGGGCAUCAAGGCGAAGUUGUUUGCCAAAAAGCGUCAUGCAGAGAAAGUGCAAAUGAAGAAAACUCUCAAGAGCUUUGAAGAAAAGAUGAAUAGGCAAAAGAAGGAAGACAAGGUUGAAGAAGGAGCAGUUCCAGCAUAUCUCUUGGAUCGUGAAACUCAGAAACGAGCCAAAGUUUUGUCUAACAUGAUAAAGCAGAAAAGGAAGGAAAAAGCAGGGAAAUGGGAUGUUCCAAUUCCCAAAACCACAGGGGUCACAGGUUCUUCUUCUGACUGCUGUGAUCGUUCAAGGGCAUCCAUCAUGCCUCAGAACGAGCACAUUGAACUUCACCGCAAGCGGUAUGGGUACCGCUUGAACUACCACACAAGAAAGCGGAAAAAGGAGGCACGAGAACCCAAGCGUCAGGCCAGGUUAGCCAAGGAGUUGAGGGGCAUCAAGGCGAAGUUGUUUGCCAAAAAGCGUCAUGCAGAGAAAGUGCAAAUGAAGAAAACUCUCAAGAGCUUUGAAGAAAAGAUGAAUAGGCAAAAGAAGGAAGACAAGGUUGAAGAAGGAGCAGUUCCAGCAUAUCUCUUGGAUCGUGAAACUCAGAAACGAGCCAAAGUUUUGUCUAACAUGAUAAAGCAGAAAAGGAAGGAAAAAGCAGGGAAAUGGGAUGUUCCAAUUCCCAAAGUGAAAGCUCAGUCAGAAUCUGAAGUCUUUCGAGUGGUUCGGACAGGAAAGAGCAGGCGCAAGGCUUGGAAACGCAUGGUGACCAAAGUGUGCUUUGUUGGAGAAGGUUUCACCCGAAAACCACCAAAAUUUGAACGUUUUAUUCGUCCUAUGGGGCUUCGUUUCAGGAAGGCACAUGUGACACAUCCUGAGCUAAAGGCCACCUUCUGCCUUCCCAUCCUAGGAGUGAAGAAAAAUCCUAGUUCACCCAUGUAUACAUCCCUGGUCUUUCGAGUGGUUCGGACAGGAAAGAGCAGGCGCAAGGCUUGGAAACGCAUGGUGACCAAAGUGUGCUUUGUUGGAGAAGGUUUCACCCGAAAACCACCAAAAUUUGAACGUUUUAUUCGUCCUAUGGGGCUUCGUUUCAGGAAGGCACAUGUGACACAUCCUGAGCUAAAGGCCACCUUCUGCCUUCCCAUCCUAGGAGUGAAGAAAAAUCCUAGUUCACCCAUGUAUACAUCCCUGGGUGUCAUUACCAAGGGAACCAUCAUAGAAGUGAACAUAAGCGAGUUGGGCUUGGUUACACAAAGUGGAAAGGUUGUUUGGGGAAAAUAUGCUCAGGUUACCAACAAUCCUGAAAAUGAUGGAUGCAUCAAUGCUAGCAGGGGUGUCAAAUACCUCCGGGUGUCCGGCUUAGAAUCAACUUUGCACUUGGUGUUGCGACUGCGUGGAGGUGCGAAGAAGCGUAAGAAGAAGAAUUACACCACUCCUAAGAAGGUGAAGCACAAGAAGAAGAAGGUCAAGCUUGCUGUCCUGAAGUACUACAAGAGUGGAACUACCUUUCCAAAAUCAACUUUGCACUUGGUGUUGCGACUGCGUGGAGGUGCGAAGAAGCGUAAGAAGAAGAAUUACACCACUCCUAAGAAGGUGAAGCACAAGAAGAAGAAGGUCAAGCUUGCUGUCCUGAAGUACUACAAGGUGGAUGAGAAUGGAAAGAUCCAUCGUCUCAGACGAGAAUGUUCCACAGAAGAAUGUGGUGCCGGCAUUUUUAUGGCUGCCAUGUUUGAUCGCCAGUACUGUGGAAAAUGUGGCCUCACAUAUGUCUACAACAAUCCUGAGGAAAGUAAAUAA